AUGCAUUGGGGAGCCAUGGACAAUGUCGGCUCCGAACACGUGGUGGAUGGGACCCCUGCGUCUGCAGAGAUCCACUUCGUCCACCGAAAGCGGGGCGACACGACCGGUACGCGGGGUGAUUCGUUCGCGGUCGUGGGAGUCAUGGCCGUUGCGAACGACAGCGAGGCCAUAGCUGGCGUAUGGAGCGCUCUGAACGUGGAAGAAGUGCAGGGAACGGGCGGAGAGUUCAAUACAACCGUGAACUUCUACGAUCUACUGCCGUCCGGCCGAUCGUACUAUUACUACGAAGGCUCGCUGACGACGCCAAACUGCAGCGAGGUGGUACAGUGGUUCCUAUUGGAGGAGACCAUCUCUAUCCCGAGCGCGUACCUCGCGCAGUUGCGGGAGGUGGAGGAGAACGAGGAAGGGGAUCGCCUGACGUUCAACUACCGCAGCACGCAGGAUCUGGCUGGCCGACAAGUCUCGCGGUACCCCGCUAGCCCUAGCCCUAGCCCUAGCCCUAGCCCCAGCAGCGGUGUGGGACUCCUGCCAACAAUUUCCCUGCUGUCUAUGCUACUGCUUGCAUUUCAUGCGUUGCUCUAA